AUGGCUCACCGUGCAACCGCCACCUUCUUCCGCCCCGCGGAAUGGGAGAGGCAGGCGGGCGUCAUCAUGGCCUGGCCUGCCGCCGCCAACGACGCCUAUCUCGACGACGACAAGCAGGGCCUCAAGGACGUGACCAAGGACAUCACCACGAUUGCCGAGGCCGUGGCGCUGUUUGAGCCUGUCACGCUCGUCGUCACGCCCGAGCGCCUCGAAGAGGCCGAGUCGCGCUUCAAGCGCGCCAAGAACAUCACCCUCCUCCCCAUCAACGGCUACCCCAAGCUCGACCUGUGGAUGCGCGACAUGGCGCCAACCUACGUCGUCAACGACGACCCAAACGAGGACGCCCGGCUGCACGCCGUCGACUACAACUUCAACGGCUGGGGCGGCAAGUACCCUACGGGCACGCGUAGCUGCCUCGCGCGCAUCGUCGCCGCGCACAGCGGCAUACCCGUCGUCGCGUCGUCGCUCGUUGCCGAAGGCGGCUCGUUGGAGGUUGACGGCGACGGCACGCUCCUCAUUACCGAGAGCUCCGUCCUCAUCGACAACCGCAACCCGGGCCGGGGCAAAGGGUGGGUGGAAGAAGAGCUGUACCGCACGCUCGGCGUCGACAAGAUUAUCUGGCUGCCUGGCCGGCGCGGCCUCGACAUUACGGACGGCCACGUCGACGGCCUCGUGCGCUUCGUCGCGCCGGGCCGGGUCCUCCUUAGCCAGCCUAGCAACACCGAUGACGCCGCCGCCGCCGACCCCUUUGUGCAAAUGUACCAAGAGGCCCGUGACAUUCUCACAGGCGCUACCGACGCCCGCGGCCGACGGUUCCGCAUCGCGGAAGUCGCCGAGGCGGACCUGGGCAAGCUGGACGUGAGCAGGCGGGUGCGCAAGGAUAUUGAGGGCGGCAAGGAAGACUACCCGUCGCUGACGUAUGUCAACUAUCUGGUGGUGAAUGAUGGCGUCAUUUUCCCGCAGUUUGGGGAUAGGAGGGCGGACAAGGCCGCGCUCAAGAUUAUACAAGAAUUAUAUCCGAAACGGGAAAUUGAGCCCGUUUACAUGUAUGAUUUGCCCUUUUAUGGUGGUGGAAUCCAUUGUUCGACGCAAGAAAUUCCUAUUCCGACAAACUGA